CUGCCCGCCACCCCUGGGCCACGGCCGCGGUGGGCGAUCUCGCACCGCCGGUACAAGAGGCAGCACCACGCCGCCUUCCUCGCCCGCUCGCCGCUGAUCCCUCGUCCUCGACUCUCGCUCUCGCUCUCCAUCUCCUAUCACUUAGCCCCUCCACCAUGCCUGCCUACCCGCCUGCCCUCGCUGCGGGCCUGCUGCCGCCCUUCUCGACGCCCGGCGCAUCCACCUCGGCGCUGCCGCCUGUCGCACCCGCUCCGUCGCCGGCGCCAUCCGCCUCGCGCGGCCUCUGCUUCUGCGGCGCCGCCGUCGAUGCUGCCGACGCCCUCGCCGACGACGCCAGCUGUGUCUCCGACGACGACGACGAGGCGGCCAUCUACUGCUCGCGCGCCUGCGCCCGCGCCGACGCCCUCCACGCUCUCCUCUCUGGCGGCUCGUCGUCGGCCGACAUGAUGCCCAGCCUCUCCAGCGACAGCACCUCGACCGUCUCGACCGUCGGGCCACGCACGCCGCCGCGCCUCGCCUCGCUGCCACGGGAGCCGGCCGCACCGCGCGCCGACAUGGACGCCCGCCGAGCCAGCAAGGCGCGUGUGCUCGCCUGCGCCAGCAAGCAGCUGCAGAGCCAGUACCCGGACCUCAACAUCGGCCUCGACAGCACCGGCCACAUGCGCCUCAGCAGCGUCGCCGCCGAGGCUCCGGCUUCCGACGACGACGCCAUGGCGGCAUCGCUGAGCCUGCGCCUCGGCAUGCUCGGCGGCAGCCACUACCGCCGCAUCCAGGCCCUGCGCCCCGUCUUCGAGUUCAACGACAGUGACGCCGACGGCGCCGAGUCGCCAUCGUCGAGCACGUCGUCCGGCUCGUACGUUGCCGCACCGUCGCACGCCUCGCCCGAGCGCGAGCAGGCCCGCCUCGCCGCGCUCAACGCACCCGCCCAGGCCCGCGCCCGCCACGCCCGCAAGGACGCCAUGGCCGCCGAGGCACUCAGCUCGGCCCUCUCGCCGCCGGACUCCGGCUUCGCCACGGCACUGCCGUCGCCGGCGACGCGUGCCAGCUACCUGCACCACUCGCACAGCCGCAGCGACGCCAGCUCCGCCAGCGACGUCAGCGGCUCGGGCAACUCGCUCUUCAGCGACGACGCCGGCAACCUCUCGUGCCGCAGCCGCGCCACGACGAUGAGCACCUCGGAGCGCCCGCCGCUGGUCAAGGGCCUCUUCUGCACCAACCCGGACCGCUCGUCGCGCUCCGAUCUGCCCAUCCCGCCGGCGCCGGCGCCCACGUCGCGCGAGCUCGACCUCCGUGCCGAGCUGGCGGCCCUCGACGCCGAGCUUGACUCGACGUUCGAGGCAUUCGAGUUCUGGGCCGAGGAGCACUCGCACGGCAACGUCGAAAAGUGGAGCUCCGGCCUCGAGACGGACGCCGACGGCAACCUGCUCGGCCUGGCGCUCGGCGCCAUGGGUCCGCUCUGCUCGACGCCCAUGCCCAGCUGUGCGCAGUUCGCCAGCCAGUCGGCCCUCUUCGGCGGCGGCUUCGACGACUUGCCCACCACGCUGCCGCUGCAGUGCCGCCGGCCGAGCCUGGCGCCGCUCGACAUCGACGCCAGCCUCAGCGUCGACCGCUCCGUCUUCGAGCCCGACAGCCCGCUGCUGACGCCGCCGUCGUCGAGCGCCCGCGGCGUCACCGCCGCAUUCUCCUCCUUCUGGCGCCGCACUACGACCGUCUCGCCACCAUGCACGCCCGAGGACGGCCAGCCCUUCGACUUCACCCAGCGCAAGCCCACGUCGCCGCCGUCGCCCACGGGCCGCGAGCGCGAGCAGGCCGAGCGCCUCGCCGGCCGCAUCGAUGCCGUACUGCGCAGCCGCUGGAGCAACGUCAAGGGUGCCUUUGCGCCGUCGUCACCACCGGCUGCCGAGGGCAAGUCCUCCGCUGGCCCAUCGCCCACAUCUCGUCCCAGUCUCGCCCACAAGCGCAGCCGCGCACUUCUCGCCGCCAUCGCCGCUUGAGCUCAUCUCACACACACGAUCAUUCACUCGCACUGCCUCCGUCUGCAUUCCUUCCGCGCAUUGCAUCACAUCGCUCCUUCAUUGCUCCAUCAUCUGUACACUAGCCUGCUUCAAUCACACGUCACAUGCUGCCCAC